AUGAAACACCAGCACCCUUUAAACCACGGCUACUUCUACACGAAACACGAGCACCCUUUAAACCACUGCUACUUCUACACGAAACACCAGCACCCUUUAAACCACGGCUACUUCUACACGAAACACCAACACCCUUUAACCCACGGCCACUUCUACACGAAACACCAACACCCUUUAAACCACGGCUACUUCUACACGAAACACCAGCACCCUUUAAACCACGGCUACUUCUACACGAAACACCAGCACCCUUUAAACCACGGCUACUUCUACACGAAACACCAACACCCUUUAAACCACGGCUACUUCUACAUGAAACACCAGCACCCUUUAAAACACGGCUACUUCUACACGAAACAUCAGCACCCUUUAAACCACGGCUAUUUCUACACGAAACACCAGCCUCCCUUUAAACCACGGCUACUUCUACACGAAACACCAGCACCCUUUAAACCAUGGCUACUUCUACACGAAACACCAGCCUCCUUUAAACCAUGGCUACUUCUACACGAAACACCAGCCUCCCUUAAACCACGGCUACUUCUACAUGAAACACCAGCACCCUUUAAACCACGGCUACUUCUACACGAAACACCAGCACCCUUUAAACCACGGCUACUUCUACAUGAAACACCAACACCUUUAAACCACGGCUACUUCUACACGAAACACCAGCACCCUUUAAACCACGGCUACUUCUACACGAAACACCAGCACCCUUUAAACCACGGCUACUUCUACACGAAACACCAGCACCCUUUAAACCACGGCUACUUCUACACGAAACACCAACACCCUUUAACCCACGGCCACUUCUACACGAAACACCAACACCCUUUAAACCACGGCCACUUCUACACGAAACACCAACACCCUUUAAACCACGGCUACUUCUACAUGAAACACCAGCACCCUUUAAACCACGGCUACUUCUACACGAAACGCCAACACCCUUUAAACCACGGCUACUUCUACAUGAAACACCAGCACCCUUUAAACCACGGCUACUUCUACAUGAAACACCAACACCUUUAA